AUGGCGGGGGCUGCGCGCCGCCCGGCCUCCUUCUCCUCCUCGCCCCCCGCCCCGAAGCGGCUGGGAGCCCCGGCCUCACACGCGCGGGGGGCGUCGGAGCUACAGGGCCCGGAGGUCGCGGGGAGGGGGCCCGGCUGGGCUCGGCGCGCCGCCGCCGACGAGGCCCCGCGCGGCUCCGGCUCCGCCUCGGCGGCCGCGGGGAAAACACCGAGAAGGAGGCGGGGGCCGCGGCGGCGCGAGGCCGGGGCGGACUCCGCCACCGCCUCCGCCGCGGGUUCGAGUCUCUCCGGCUCCCCGCCGCUUCCCCCAAGACUUCCCGCCUCGCCUUCCCCUUCCGUCCACGCCCCCGGAGCGGCAGCACUUCGCGGAAAAGUUGUGGGGCUUCUAGUCUAA